GAAAUUAGACAUUUUCUCAUUUUUCUGGAUUAAGCAAGUAUGGGUAGCGUAUAUUCGUUGAGGUUGUUACAACACGAAGUGGCGAGAGAGUGGUUGUUGGCUAGGGAAGAACCUAAAUUACCACCCUCUUUCAUGGACUCUUCUUUAGCUUUACGUCACAGAGUCUUCCUUGGUUCCAAACCCAAAUUUGUAGACCAACUUUUCAAACCAGUUGGCGUUGUAAACGGCGUACUCAUCGGUUACUCGUUGGCCAAUUAUCACUUGGUUCUACCUGCUGAUUGGGUACCCACAGUAGAACCUGUUUGUAGAAGAUUUGCUUUGGAUUUGAGCAACAAUGAGUUUCUAGAGUUGCACUGGUUCCAGAACAACACUGUCAUGACGUCGUGGUUAAAGUUUGCAAAUAGCAAUCACAGAAUUCGUUAUUUUGUAUUAUACGAAGCCCCACCUCACGGUAAAUUACCUUCCAAGUUGUUAAAAUCAGUGGAAUUGGUACUGCAAAGAGUGGAUGAUCAGAAACCCGAAAGUGAAGAAGACUCUUAUAUGUUAGCACAACUUGCAGACCCUAGAGUACACCUUCUUUCAUUAGCACAAGAGCGUCUGCUUUCCAUCAUCCCAAAAUCCAGAGCGAAGGCCAAGCGUCACUUGGGUAUCUUUUAUGGGACAGCCAGGAAAACUGUUUAUAAGGAUAUGUCAGUAGUUGAUGAUUGUUUUCUUCCUUAUAGACAAUGCACCCAUGUUUUAAGAGAAACAAAUGAAGAAUCUUUGAAUGCUGAUGAGACAGACUCGGAUUCUCCUAAUCAUGUUCAGAAAAAUAUCAAAUUACCGUAUGAUUAACAUACAUGACGGUGCUAUGAUG